AUGGAGAUCGUUAGGGGAACGACUCACGCGAUUCGGCAUUGUGCGUUCGUCACGCUUCUCCUCUUAAUCACCGUCACUCAUUCAUUUUACCUUCCCGGUGUCGCUCCUCAGGACUUCGCCAAGGGCGAUCUUUUGAAUGUCAAAGUAAACAAAUUGACCUCUAUAAAAACUCAACUUCCUUACUCGUACUAUUCCCUUCCGUAUUGUAAACCAGAGAAAAUCAUGGACAGUGCUGAGAAUCUUGGGGAAGUUCUUCGUGGUGAUCGCAUUGAGAAUUCUCCCUAUGUGAUUAAAAUGCGAGAACCACGGAUGUGCAAUAUUGUUUGCCGUAUUACACUAAAUGCGAAACAAGCAAAAGAAUUUAAGGAGAGGAUAGAUGAUGAAUACCUGGUGAACAUGAUUUUAGAUAACCUACCUCUAGUUGUUCCUUAUAAAAGAUCGGAUAUAGAUUUAUUGGUGUAUCAGCACGGUUUCCAUGUUGGUCUCAGGGGACAAUACACUGGAAGCAAAGAGGAGAAGUAUUUCAUUCACAAUCAUUUGACAUUUACUGUAAAGUUUCACAAGGAUGAACAAACUGCUGCAGCAAGAAUUGUGGGAUUUGAAGUCAAGCCAUUCAGUGUUAAGCAUGAAUACGAGGGUAAUUGGGAUGAUAAAACACAAUUAACAACCUGCAAUCCACAUUCUAAACGCACUGUAACGAGCUCGGACUCUCCUCAGGAAAUUGAAGAUAAGAAGGAAAUUAUCUUCACAUAUGAUGUGGAGUUUGAGGAGAGUGAAGUCAAGUGGGCAUCUAGAUGGGACACUUAUCUUUUGAUGGCUGAUGACCAAAUCCAUUGGUUCUCUAUUGUCAAUUCUUUAAUGGUUGUUCUUUUCCUGUCUGGAAUGGUGGCAAUGAUUAUGUUACGGACCCUCUAUCGUGACAUCUCCAACUAUAACCAGUUAGAGACCCAGGAACAAGCUCAAGAAGAAACUGGGUGGAAAUUGGUUCAUGGGGAUGUUUUCAGGCCGCCAACUAACUCUGAUUUGCUCUGUGUUUAUGUUGGAAGUGGUGUGCAGUUCUUUGGAAUGGUACUGGUUAUGAUGAUUUUUGCUGCACUUGGAUUCCUGUCCCCUUCUAACCGAGGAGGGUUGAUGACGGCAAUGCUUCUUCUCUGGGUGUUUAUGGGUCUUUUUGCUGGAUACUCCUCAGCUCGUCUCUACAAGAUGUUCAAGGGAACAGAAUGGAAGAAAAUCACUCUUCGAACGGCUUUCACGUUCCCUGGAAUUGUCUUUGCCAUUUUCUUUGUCUUGAAUGCUCUAAUUUGGGGUGAGAAAUCUUCAGGGGCAGUGCCAUUCGGAACCAUGUUUGCAUUAGUGUUUUUGUGGUUCUGCAUUUCUGUUCCACUUGUUUUUGUUGGUAGUUAUUUUGGGUUUAAGAAGCCAGCUAUUGAGGAUCCAGUUAAAACUAAUAAAAUUCCAAGGCAAAUACCUGAGCAAGCCUGGUACAUGACCCCGGUCUUCUCUAUCUUGAUUGGAGGCAUACUCCCAUUCGGGGCAGUGUUUAUUGAGCUGUUCUUCAUCCUGACAUCAAUCUGGUUGCAUCAGUUCUACUAUAUUUUUGGAUUUCUCUUCCUCGUGUUCAACAUCCUAAUUGUCACUUGUGCAGAGAUCGCAAUUGUGCUUUGCUAUUUCCAGCUAUGCAGUGAGGACUACCUCUGGUGGUGGAGAUCUUACCUGACCUCAGGCUCAUCGGCACUAUACCUCUUUCUUUAUGCAGCAUUCUACUUCUUCACAAAGCUGAACAUAACAAACCCGAUAUCUGGUAUUCUGUAUUUCGGGUACAUGCUGAUUGCUUCAUAUGCCUUCUUCGUGCUGAGUGGUACAAUAGGUUUCUAUGCAUGUUUCUGGUUCACAAGGCUCAUCUACUCAUCAUUGAAGAUUGACUAG